AUGGAGGUGGAGCUCAUCGACAAGAUUGUGGCCACAAACCUCACUGGAGCCAUCAAGUUGACCAAGUAUGCCCUGGAGGCAUGGGUGGAGCGCCACGAGAACUCGCCGCGUCCCAAGAGCCGUGGCAACGGCGUCAUCAUCAAUCUGGCGUCGGUCCAGGGACUCCGGCCCAUCAUCCCGGUCUUGUCCGUCUACUCCACCACCAAGGCUGCUCUCAACAUGUUCACCAAGGCCGUGGCGGUGGAGGGAGGCGCUUAUGCGAUUCGCAGCAACUCUGUGUGUCCCGGAUACGUGCCUACUAAUAUGACCGAUGGCAUGGAGGUGCCCGAACGGCCCUCCCUGGUGGAGGACGACGACGACGUUGGAUGGGUGUCCAGAGACAGUAUUGCGAGGGCGGUGUACUAUUUUGCCACCAAUUUGCAGGUUUCGGGCGCCAUUUUGGCUGUUGAUAAGGCUAUGAGUUCGCUGUAG